AUGGAGAACAGCAGCAGCGUCGUCUACCUCGCCACGUUCCAAGCCCCGUACCUUGUCAAAGUUGUCAUCUUCAGCCUGUGCGUGCCGCUCUUCGUUAUCACGGUUGUGGGCAACCUGCUGGUGCUCGUGACUGUGGCCGCAUCCCGGAACCUGCACAAGCCCAUGAACAUUUUCCUGUGCAACCUGGUCGUGAACGAUGCCAUCGGCUGCACGAGCAGCGUGCCCAAGCAGCUGCACAUCAUCUUGACGGGAGACACCCAGAUAUUUUACUCAUCUUGCAUCGUGCAGAUGUUCUGGAUCCACUUUUUUUCGAUCAGCGAAAUAUUCACGCUCACAGCAAUGGCUUAUGACCGCUACCUGGCCGUUUGCUACCCUCUGCGCUACCACGCGAUCAUCACCAACAGACGCGCGGUCAUAGCCACAAUUGUCAUCUGCAUGCUGGCGGCAGUUAUUGCAGGCAGCCAGACUAUUCUCAUCAUCCCACUGAAAUUAAAGGACAAAGAUCGACAGGUCGAUGGCAUUCACUGUGACAACAUGGGCAUACUCCAGCUGUCCGCGUCCGACACACGCAUAAAUGAGUCUUACGGCUCGGCAUUGAUCGUUAUUGAUGUAGUGGCUUUGGGCAUCAUCGGGUACACUUACUUUAAGAUAAUUGUCGAAUGCAAAAAAUCUCGGUUGAAUCAGGCCAGAAAUAAAUCUAUAGAGACUCUAAUCACCCACUUCCUGGCUCUGUCGAUAUUUUUCGUGGCAAUAUUCGUGGCGAUCCUGGUCCCGCGGUUCAUAAAAAAGACGGAAGAUUCCGCGUCCAGAAAUAUAAAGUCUGCGUCGCAGCUCGCCGUGUUUGUGGUGCCGAUCGCCAACGUGACAAUCUACCUCUUCAGAACAAAAGCGCUAAAGAAAGCGAUCGUGUUUCACUGCCACAGGUUAAUGCUCGUAUUUCACCUGCGGUUGCACAAAGUUCAAGCUGUAGAAGAAUAA